UAUUUGAUACGUUCCAAGUCUUCCGACACACAUUAAAAAAAAGACAAAAAAAAUGCAGACACUUUCUCCUGCUUAUUAUACUAACAAUCUGAAUUCCUUAAUGAGGACAAGUCCGUACAAAUUCACCGGACCACGCUCAUCAGCGCGGCUCUCCGUUCACUGCAUCUCUCCAUCUGACGCAGCGCAGUUCCCUGAUGGAAUCGGCUAUAGCCGAGCUGAUUGGCAGAGCUCCUGCGCUAUCCUUUCUAGCAAAGUCGUUUCCUCAGAGCAGCCUAACGACAAGUCCUAUAGUAGCGCUGACCACGUCACUUCGGUCAAUGGUCACAAGACCUCAGUUGAGAACAUCAAUCUUAUCCAGAUAAACGCCGCUAAUAGCCACAACGGACAGCUGGCGUUCCCUCCGCAGAAGCCGUUAUCAAUCACGGAUCUCUCUCCGGCGCCUAUGCACAGCUCUGAGCUUCGCGUGGCUUACCAGGGAGUCCCUGGAGCGUACUCCGAAGCUACGGCCGUGAAGGCCUACCCGAACUGUGAGACCAUUCCUUGCGACCAGUUCGAGGUCGCUUUCCAGGCUGUGGAGCUCUGGAUAGCUGACCGUGCUGUGCUCCCUGUCGAGAACUCCCUCGGCGGCUCCAUCCACAGGAACUACGAUCUACUCCUCUCCCACCGGCUGCAUAUCGUCGGCGAGGUCCAACUCCCUGUCCACCACUGCCUCCUCGCUCUCCCUGGAGUUCGUAAAGAGUACAUCACUCGCGUCAUUUCUCAUCCACAAGCACUCGCCCAGUGUGAGCACACACUCACCAAACUCGGCCUCCAAGCCUCCCGGGAGGCUGUAGAUAACACCGCCGGAGCAGCAGAGUACAUCGCCACCAACAAUAUGAGAGACACCGCGGCAAUCGCGAGCGCACGUGCCGCUGAGCUCUACGGCAUGCAAAUCCUAGCAGACGGGAUACAAGACGACUCAAGCAACGUGACUCGGUUCGUGAUGCUAGCCAGGGAGCCAAUUAUUCCAAGAAAAGAUCGGCCAUUCAAGACGAGCAUAGUGUUCGCGAACGACAAAGGCACGAACGUGCUCUUCAAGGUGCUCUCAGCUUUCGCGUUCCGGAACAUAAGCUUGACGAAGAUCGAGUCGAGGCCGCACCGGAACAGUCCGAUCAAGCUGGUGGACGACGCCAAUUUCGGUACCACGAAGCACUUCGAUUACAUGUUUUAUGUGGAUUUCAAGGCGUCAAUGGCGGAGCUGAGGGCACAGAACGCGUUGGCGGAGGUGCAGGAGUUCACUUCUUUCCUGAGGGUGUUUGGGAGUUAUCCUAUGGAUAUGACCCCAUGGUGAUCAGGAGGAGACUCAUUGCCAUGAAAUGUCUCUUAAUAAUGGGCUUCGUAAAAUAUUAUUGGGCUUGGGGGUAAAAAAACUUUUAAAUCUCUUAAUAAUGGGCUCCAAAUAGAUAUUUCGUAAUAAUUAUUGGGCCUUAA